ACAACACACUCUCUAGUACUAUCUAAAGUUAAUGCAUUGUUCUAUUGUUUUCCUAACAGUGCAAGAAGAAUUUAAAAUUGUUCCUUGCGUGUAAUAGGAGCCGGUGUUAUUAUUUUUAAUCCCCGGUGGGAGGUAAAGUUAACUUGGAUGUUCAGUUUAAACAUUUUGUAGGCAGAGCAUUCGCUUUUGUUUUUUUUUUUCUUUUUCUUCGUUUUCUUUAUCAAUUGAUACCCUCGUUUGGAGCUACAGUAACCUUGUGUUUUAUCAUGAACGUGAACGUGACGCAAGAAUACCGAAUAGGCCUGUAACUACUAGUCAUGUUUAAAUUGAAUGAUCCACAACUCAAAUCGUGGGUAUUGAAAAAUCGGCUACUUGAAGUUGUUAACCAGAUUGAAACUGGGGGAGAAAGACAGCGGUGACCUGGACAAGAAGGACACCAACCAUUAGGCCGAUGCUUGCACACAGGCCUGCAGCUGUAGGAUGGUUGACCUCUGGAUGUAGAUGCUGAAGAUGUUCCCGUGCAGUGAUCAUAGAUGAUUAAUUUUCUUAUUCAGAUCAUAAGGAUGGUCCUGGAACAUGCAGGUUUAGACAUGGACUCUACAUUUUGGACAGACAAGCCCUACGGGUCCUCUCGAAGCAUCGUAAGGAGAAUAGCUACCAGUCUUCCACUGAAGCCGUGCCCUAGAGUUCAGUUACAGCUUCACCCAUACCCUGAAGAGGCAGACAGUUCUAACCAGACAUCCGAUGAAAAUGGGAUAGUAGCUUCCCUCGCAGAUGUUGCCUGGAUUGCUGAGUAUGAAGGUGAAUCUUUUACAAGACUCAGGUCUAAUGUUCGUCCUGGAUUUAUACUUCCUUCUCCGCAACUACACCGGCUGGGAAAACCUCUCACCAGACAAGUGUCUUUACCAAAUAUAACAAGAGAAGAGCUGGAACCUAAGACCCCAGUGUUUGCUAAUAAUGAGGCGAUACAGAAAAUCAGUGCACUUGAAAAUGAACUUGCCCAGCUUCGCGAACAAAUAGCUAGGAUUGUAAUUGUGCAAGAACAGAAUGCAUUGACUGCUGCUGGGUCCUUAACCCCGUUGGCAGCCCCCCCUCCACCUCCUCCUCCUCCUCCUCCUCCUCCUCCACCACCAGGUCUUCAGCGCAGUGUCUCUGCCAUGGAUCUUAUCAAAGAACGACGAGGGAAAAAAAACAGCUCUGAUCACGCAGUCCUGGACUCUGGGCCCAAACAACCAGCAAUACCAAACAUGUUAGAUAUUCUGAAAGACAUGACCAAAGUGAAGCUACGCACUGUAAAAAAACCAAUGGAAGGCACAUCAAAAACAAAACCGGGUGACCCAACAGAUGCAGCAGCUCUAAUAGCAGAGGCUUUAAAACGAAAAUUUGCUCAUCGCUAUAGGAAUGACAGUGAAAGUGAAAAGGAAAUGAAAAUUCCAACUUCUGAAUGUAACACUGCAACAGAGACAGAGACCCCAUUUUUUGGACAACACAUGCUGAAAUCCACUGGCAAAAGAAAGGUUUUAGUAAGCGGCACCUCUAAACCUUAAAAGCCCAGAAUAAGGCAUCUAUUUGAAGGAAAUGGCUCAUCUCAAUUUAUAGCUCAUAAAAGACAUUCAAGAGUAAGUAGCUUCUGCUACAUUUUUCUUAUAAAGUUUGCAAUGAUUCUGUGUCUGAUUUAUUUUGUAAUUACAAAAGGGGUGGCCUUUUCAGUUUAAGGUGCUUUGACAGGUCUGUGUUUAAGGUGCUGUUAUUCAGCUCAUGUUUGAGUAAUUGCUGUAAGAACCACUCGGAAUCAUUGCACACUCAUAAAACGUUACGGGGGCAGCAGAAACAAAUGUAAAUUGAAGCGACUUACUCUUUUAAAGUUUAUAGAAUACUGAAUUGAUUUUCAAGAAAUGUGUUUUAUUUUUAAUGUUUAAUUAAUAUUUAAGAUGUAAUAGUUUGUUACUUUCAAUACAUGUGAGAAGCUCUCUCUGGUUGAAUGAGUCAAUAGGAAGCAUUGACUCACUAUUUUUUAAUGACCUUCCAAUUUAGUGUUUUAAAAGACUGCCUUUUUUAAUGUUCCAUAAAGUGUGCCAAGUGAGUACAGUAAGACUUUAACAAAACAAUUUAAAUAGUACACUAGUGAUUUUUUCCGUCCAAAGGCCAAUUUCAAAUCCCACGGAGGGAAGAUAUUUAAUCUAUGUUAAUGCUGAACAACUUAAUCAGUCAAUAUGUUGAGUGUGUAUAGUGUCUCUUACUUUAUUGUAAAAUAGAUGCCAUCUUGUGCAUUUUAGGUUAGAGAAUUAUAAAGCAAAUCUGAGCAGACUGUUUGCGAAAUGAUGCCUCUUAUAUCAAGUGACACCCCAUACAUAGCACUUUUACGAAAACAAAGAUCAUACUCUGGGAACUUCUUUUGAACAAAACGAUUAUAGAAUUGUGUUUUUUAACCUUGUGCAGUAUUCAUAUCCGAGACCCUAAUUUCUCUGCACACUUGCAAUGCUUUUCAAUGUCAACUUCCCAGCAAAGGCCUUGGGACUUUGUAGGCUGAUGUUAAGUAAUACAUUCACUCACUGUUGCUUUUUAAAAUGGUUAAUUUUGUGUUGAUCGUCUCAUUAAAAUGUGUCCCUUUCUUCUAAAGCAGUGGUUCUCAACCCCGGUCCUCGGGACCCCAUGUGUCUUUAGGUUUAGUUAAGUAAUUGAGAGCUCAGUUAGAAUGAAAACCAGGAGACACUGGUCUAAAGUAAGGGAGUUACACUAAAAGUUAUUUGAUUUGGUGACUUUAAGAACAUAGGCCUAUAGGAAUGAGGAUUAGUGCCAAAAAGAAAAAGCUAUUACUUACAAAUCUGUGGCCAUUAUUAACUGUUGCUCUUUUUUUUUUUUUUUUUUUUAAGGAAAUCAUUUUAAUAGUUGAGGAAUGGUAUUAAAAUAAUAACCAAUAAAUGUGUAUAUGUACUGUAUAGAUUGCAUUUCCGGUUCCUUGUCUUGAAAUGACCUAUUUGGGUAUUUAUGUGGUAAUCGAUAGUUACUGAUCAGUUUGUAAGUGUAAGUAGGUCAAGGAGUGGGAGAGAGAUGGGAUCAUUGUUAUAGUAGGCUAAGUUUGAAACGAUUAAAGGUAAAAAUAUAUAAAAGAUAGUGGCAACAUUACUAGAAAUAUGAACAUUUAGUAAGAGACCAUGUGUUUUUUGUUUAUUUCAAUCAGCAUAUUCCCUCCAUUAAAAGGAAAAUGCCUUCUGUAACCCAUUUAGAAAUCGAGUACAUGUUUCACUGGAGCAAUUGAAAUGUAUACCGUAAAAAUCAUUGUAUAGGUCGUACUGGCGUAAGUCGCUCCCCCCUUUUUGAGACUUUUUUUAUGAAAACUUUUUAUGAAAAUUUUAUGAAAACACCUUUUUUGUGUUUAAAAUACUUUUUUAACAAUUGAUUUUUUUUCCUACAUGCUCAGCACCGAUGCAUAAAUACACUGAUUUAGUUUCAAAUUAACCAGUUUGUGACAUUUUAUUCCGUUUUAAUAAUUUGUGUUGUUUUUAGUUAAACUGCUAAUAGAAGCUCUGUUCUGCUUUUCCAAAUAAUUGGUUCAAGUAAAUUUUAAGUGCAAUGUCAAAAUACACCAACAUAUAGAUAUAACACUACUGCUAUAAAUUCCAGUGGUAGCAGUAUAACCACUGACAAGUGGUACUUGAAUGGAUUUAAAAAGUAAUAAUUAAUCGUGCACCAGCAAUUAAAAUCAAGUUAUACAUCCUACAUCACAUCUGUAUUAACCUAUUAUCUUUCGCCAUAUUUAAUUGUGUCUUUGUGUUGUCUCCAGUCACGUACUCUUUUUCAGCAUUGCAAUUGCCAUGCUUUUUGGCAAAUUCAACCACUUGCAAUAUCAAACCUGUUGCAUAGCAUUUUCAUUAAUAGUCUGAUGCCUCUUUUCCACUGUACAACAGAGCCGCACCGGCCGUACCGAGCCCUCAAGGUGCGGUUAAUGGGAGCCUGGGUUGUUUUUCCAUUGCAGAGCUGAGCCGUACUACUGACGUCACACACAAUGAAAGACAGUUGUUAUAAAUUAUUGUUAUUAAUUAACUCAGUUUGCCAAAAGAUGCGCAAACAAGUGCUGUUCAAAGAUUAAGCCCAACACUACAGCUGUAUCUUGUAUCGCUAUACAUUUGCUUCAAAUCGUCAGAAAUGCGGGCAUAAACGUUCUCAUUUCUGACUCCAGAUCUUCCUGAACACUUCUAUCUGCCCACAGAGAAACUAGAGCCUGCACUUCCUCAGCGUCCCAAAGCUGUACUUUUCUCUCAUCACACUCGUUGCCAGCCAUGUUUGUUGUUUUUUCAUUCUGGAGUGUACUGACUGACGCAACUUAAUGACGAAAAUCCUUAACCCUGCCCCUGGCUCAGCUCGGCUCGCAGCCGGAUUCAGAUGUCUUGUGAACCUGGAGUUUCACGGUUUGGUUCUCAGUUGGCUCAACAAAUAGCCAGUGGAGAACCACCCGUACCUGUACCGUACCGAGCCCUCACGGGUUGGAUGUGCCAGUGGAGAAGGGCUAUGACUGUCCCACUUUAUCCAGUCUCAGAUGCCUGCUUUAUAAUAUUGCAUUGCAGUUACAACGAACGAAGACUUGAUAAGUAUACUCAGCUUUCUGACCAGUAGCUGUUUGCUACGGAUCCCAGGGGCUUCAGUCUGAAUAUUGACAGAUCAAUGGUUUGGGAGGGUGGGAAUAAAGAAAUUCAAAGAGAUGGACAACUAUUGUGUUAACAGUAGCUUUUUUUUUUCUCUACUUACACGCAUCUGGGUCGGGAGGCCACUCAAGAGUCUAAAAUCUUGCGUUUAACAUGCAAAAGGGUAUUAAUUAGAACAGUGGUGUUGUGUUUCUACCUAGCAACAUGACCUGAAUGCCAUAAAUCCUGAAAAAAAUAAUCGGGUUGUUGACAGUUAAAUUUGUGAGCCAUAAUAACUGUAGCUGUAGCAAUCACAUUGUGGAGCUGGUACAGUAGUAAUAUUUGACACACCACUGCAUACGUCACACUGGUGUAUUAGUCGCUCCCCCCCCCCUUUUUAGGGCCCCCCAAAAAUGCCAAGAAAAUACUCAUACAACGGUUUUUACAGUACAUUGAAAAUAUGACACAUUUUACUUUCAAUUACUUGUAUUCGCUUGGUAUAGCUAAUUUGGCCAAUAGACAGUACAUACAUAAGGGGGAAGAAAGUUAUUCUAGCAACUGUAUACAGUAGGUAUAUGCCUUGCUUUAUCUUACUUAAAAAACAUUUUUUAACCCCCAUUCUUUUAACCUUGUCAACAACAACUAAAAUACAACUCAAGCUGAUUGCUUCAAGCCAGAUGCAUCUUUUCCAUCUACUUUUACAUUGCUUCUUGUUUUACUUGACAAGCAAUUCAUGUUGCAUCUCUAGUGCACUUAAGACUGGAUGAAAAUCGUAAAGCCUCUUUUGACAAUGUAUGCCAAAGCAACUGUAAAAGUCAAAGUCUUUUUGUAAAGCAAACAGACAAUUUGGUUGAGUUUUACUUUAUAUAAAGAGUAUGUUAUAAUUUUGUUUUGAGUACUGUGGCGUAUGAUUUUUAUACUACUUGAGAGAAUUUGUAUUUACAUUUGUCCAAGUUCUGUUUAGGUUAGGUGUCUUUUGUAUUGGCAAUGUAAACUCAAGUUUUACACUUGAUGCUUACUUCCAAUCAACAGAGUAGACCCUUGUGCCUGACUAUUAAGAAUAAUCUGACUAAUAAAGAAAAUCUGAAUUUUA